AUGGGGACUAUUGCUCUUAUUCUCUGUUUUGGUGUUGUAAUUUGGGUUCUGCUCUGGUCAACGCUACAAAAGGGUGGUCAAACUCCACCUGGUCCCACUGGAUUACCUGUGUUGGGCUAUCUUCCUUUCAUGGGAUCUAGACCUCAUCUACUUCUUCAAAAGUUAGCUAAAAUUUAUGGAUCAAUAUUCAGGACGAGAACCGACAUUGUACUAGAUGGUUAUUUUAUACCAAAAGAGUCCUUGAUGAUUGCGAAUACUUGGUCUAUCCUUCACGAUGUCGAGUGUUGGGGAGACGAUGCAGAUGCGUACAAUCCAGAAAGAUUUUUGAAUCAAAAAGGAAAUUUAAAAGCAGAAUGCUUAUUGUCAUUAUUUACAGGCAAAAACUUGCAGCUGAAUCGGAAUAUUGUACAGCCUGAUAUGCUAAGAAAUUUCUUGUCCAUCCUUCACAAAUUUAAUAUUAGCUUGUUUGAUGGAAAAUCUUCAGAUAUGGAAGGUGAACUCUUCAUGAGACUUGUACCGAAGGAACAAGAAUUGAUAUUGACAAUAAGAAAUUAA